UACUAAUACAAACCAAUAUCGUGUAUACAAAUGCUACAGGUUGCAGCUGCUCGAUAAAAAUUCUUUCACUGCUCCGUAAGGCUCUUUGUCUGAAUAAGGUGAGACUUCCAAAAUAAAAUGUGACAUAAAGUUUUUAGAAUUAGACUGAGAAUGGUUCCACCCUCGAAAAUGUGUGCAGAUGACGCUACUAUGUAUUAACAUUGUGAAUAAUCACAACCAAUAGUAAAACGCGUUAUAUCAAAUUCAAUAGCUUCUCGUCCUCGAAGAAGCUUCCAAUUGGUUAGCUGUAAUUUCCCAAGUAACAUUGGGCCACCCGCCAUAACGAACAUAGCGUGUAUUAUUAGUGUAUACGAGGUGAUUAUAUACAAGGAAACGUAUGGUGACAAUUUGAAAACAUGGAAGUUGCACAAAAGUUGCAUUUCGACGCAUGCGAUAUUCAGGACGAGGAGCUAAACAUUAGCUGUCGUACAAAUAGCUCCGGUUGUGAUGUUGACGAUAUUUUAGAUUCUUCAGCAGAAGAUCUUGGAUGUUCACCCCCACUUCAACCAAGAAAAUUAUCAUUUAGUAAUACAAUGGACUGUAGUGACAGUGAAAAUAAUCAAUCUGUGCCAAUUAAUAACAAUAAGACGCCGAUCAGUAACAUGACAGGUACAUCAAGAAUUAGAAUUCCACCUCGUGAAAACAUAUGUUCUCAAAAAAUAUCAAUGGCAUGUAGUCCACCUUAUAAACGUGUUAGAGCUUUACGUCUAUUUGAUUCUCCUGCUACUCCAAAGACAUUAAUGGAAAAGAGUGCAAUGCAUACUCCAUUUCCAUCUAAAUGUACUAGACUAUUUUCAUUAGACAAAUCUAGAUCAUGUAAUUAUCAAAAUAAAUCUGACAAACCUACUGCUAAUGUAAAUCCUUUUACACCAAAUGGAAUGUUGUUAACUGCAAGAAAACGCACUAGAUCUAAACGUAGUCUUAAUGGAUCUCCAGAUAUUCAAAUACCAAAAUUCGAUCUCGCCGAUUCUGAAGAUUCUGAUAACGAAAUAGAACAAGCUACAAAACGUGUUGCAUUGCAAGAUUCGAAUAUUUUACGAUAUCAUCAAGAGUUCCAUGAACUUGGUUUAAUUGGAACAGGUGAAUUUGGUUCAGUUUAUAAAUGUAUUAACCGAUUAGAUGGAUGCACUUAUGCUAUUAAAAAAAGUAUUAAACCAGUUGCUGGAAGUAUUAAUGAAAAGAAUGCCUUAAAUGAAGUGUAUGCGCAUGCUGUACUUGGUAAACAUCAACAUGUUGUGAGAUAUUAUUCUGCAUGGGCAGAAGAUAAUCAUAUGAUAAUUCAAAAUGAAUAUUGUAAUGGUGGCAGUUUAGCAGAUGCAAUUAUCAAUUUAGAAAAGGAAAAAAAACAUUUCACUGAAGCAGAAAUGCGACAAUUGUUGUUACAUGUUGCUGAAGGUUUAAGAUAUAUUCACAGUAUGCAAUUAGUACACAUGGAUAUUAAACCUGGAAACAUAUUUAUUUCCAAAGAAAAGAGGUUACUCGCAGUUAAUUAUGAUUCAGCUGAUGAUGGUUUCGACGAAGAGGAAACUAUCGAAGAAGAAAUUACUUAUAAAAUAGGAGAUUUGGGUCAUGUUACAUCCGUUAAUAAUCCUCAAGUUGAAGAAGGAGAUUGUAGAUAUUUGCCAACAGAAAUUUUACGCGAAGAUUUUAGUCAUUUACCAAAAGCUGAUAUUUUUGCUUUUGGAUUAACUGUUUAUGAAGCAGGUGGUGGAGGUCCACUACCUAAAAAUGGACCAGAAUGGCAUGAUAUUAGAAAUGGAAAUUUAAAGGAAUUAUCCCAUUAUAGCCGUGAUCUUAAUGAAUUACUUAAAUUAAUGAUUCAUCCAAAUCCUGAAAUGAGACCAUCAGCAAUUUGUCUUAUACAGCAUAGAGUAUUGUGCCCAUUUGGAAAUAAAACAAAAGCACAACUUCGACGAGAACUGAAUGCAGAAAAAUUAAAAAAUGAAAUUUUGUCAAAGCAACUGCAAGAAGCGGCUAAGUGUUUAAAAACUAUUGCUCCAAAUGUAGCGGCUAUUAAUAAUACAAUGAAUGCAGGAGGCUACAAACUAAGACCUACACCAACUAGAACAUCGUCUCGAGCAGUGGGUAAAAAAGUCAAUAGAAGCAAUAGCACUACAAACUUUUGAAUGUUCUAUGUUAUAUUUAUGUCAGACUAAAUGAGAAGGGGAAAAGGUGCUUAAGAAAAAAAGAAAUUUUUUUAAGUGCCUUGAGAUAUUGUGAUAUAAAGUAACUCUAAUUUAGAAGUAAAACUAUAAUUAAUUUGAUAGCAAAAAAA